AUUGGCAGAAGAGAAACUUUAUGCUGCAUGUCACAGGUCGGCAGAUGAGAAGGGGUUCACGCACAUCGCCAGUCGCAGUUCUACGGCUAGAGAUCUCUGCGACGGACUCCGAUUUCCAGGGAUGGAUUCCCGACGACGACGAGAAGGUACGCUUUUUUGUCCUCGUCUACCUGCUUGCUGGUUGCGACUUCCUGCCUGCCAUAUCGGGCCUGCCUUUCGGGACCAUGUGGGCUCUUACUCUGAAGAGCGUGCGGACGGAGGGUGUGUUUCGGCCGUACAUCUGCGUGCGCGAGGGUGGGGCAUGGGGCGUCAAGAUCGACGAGUGCAUCAAGUUGUUGGCGACCAUAUUCUACUUUAAGUAUGAAGCUGCCUUUGCUCGUGGUGGGCAUGAGCCCGGCUGGAUUUUCCACACGGACAACGGCGAUGUCGCACAUUACGUCGACGUCAUCCGGAUGCUUAUCCUCAGGCGUGGUUCAAAGAAGGCUACAUCAACGUGCCCUGCGUUCGAGUCCAUGCGCCAGCAGAGCGAGCGAAGCCAUCAGGUGCUUGAGUACUGGCGAGAUGGCUGUUUAGAGGUGGUACCAGUACGAGACUUCAACGGCAAGGGAUGAGGGAUCGACCCGAAAGCGGGG